CUUGGCCUCAAUCGCCUUCGUAUAAAGAUCCCCAUCUCUUCACGCGCCAAGACGCACAAAGCUCUCACGCAUAAGCCAGAGACAUACACUGAUACACCUAGCUGUCGUGUGAUUGGCCGGCCGGAGAGAGGUGUGAUCAAUCCAUGGACGAGUCGUGGAGGUGCACGAUGGGCUCGGUGCUGCCGCGGCUGCGGUCGCCGGACCAGCACGCCGGAGGCGGCAGCCAGAGCCUGGCCCCCGACGAUUUCCGGGACGUGUUCGGCGGACCGCCGCGCACCGUGCUCCUCCGCAACUUCCACGGCGAGGCGGCUGACUACCACUCACCGACGGGCCACCAGUACACGAACUACGGCGAUGCUUUCUGCCGCCGGCAGUAUGGCGACGGCAGAGGCCAGCUGGCUCCGGCGCCGGCCGUGCCCACAGAGGUGGGCUUCUUUGACGAUAUCUUUGGCACCCGUCACAUGAGGUCGCGGUCGAGGUCCAAGUCGAAGUCCUCGUCGGCGGUCAACUCUGAGGAGUUGCCCUCUGGCUUCUGCCGGCCGGUGGCCUCCGGCGGCCACUUCGACGCCACGCUCUCGUCAUUCACAUCCAGGCUCAGACCGGUGACGAUCCAUUCGCGGCGGUACGACUCGUCGCCGCCGUCGACGGCGUCCACGAGAGGGGAGUACCAGAGCAGCUUCACAUGCUCGACGGCCGCGUACCCGGCGGCUCGCUACUACUACGGCGCCGACUUCAAGGCCGGCAGAGCGAACCACAGCAGCGCCGCCGACAGCUCGGCGGUCGCGAACCACCACCGGCAGCACCGCGCGUGCAGUAGCUUCUGCUGCUUCACGUCAAACCCGGAGACCAACAGCAACGCGCCCAGCUUCCGGCGGACACGCAGGGCGCGGUCGCCCGCGACCGAGACCACCAUCACCGAUUUCUCUAACGCCGACUACGAUUACGGGUACUACUGCUCGCCGCCGUCAGCCACCACGUCGUCGCUCUUCACCAACCCACUGGCGAGGACGCCGCGGCGGCUGGAGGAGGUGGUAAUGGAGGUGAGGGAGCGGGCGCCACUGCUGAUGGACGACGGCGAUAUUGACAGCGUCGGCGCUGCGGCUGUGGACGAGGCGAUUGCCUGGGCCAAGGAGAGGUUCUGGAGCCAAGCCAAUUAAGUGAACAGCCAGGAUCAAGUCAUCGAGAUGAGACCCUCAACGACGUCCAAUUCUUCGAUCCUCGAUUCAUGGCGUGCCUUUGUAAUUCCAUCGCCACAUUCUAGUUUAGGUGCCACGUGACGAUGUGUUGAGAUCAAUAUUUUGUAAUGCUUCAUUCAUUAUGGAAGAUUGAACACAUUUUUUAUUUAAAAAAAAGGAUUGAACAGCACAUUAUACGGAGCAAACUUAUAAGCUAACAAAAUGUAAUUUGCAGAA